AGAUCUAAGCUGAUGUUUUGUCUUUGUUCCAGAUGUGUUACCGACAUGCCAUGGCCCAUAUCAAGAGACUACAUAUGUUCGUACCGAACGGAAGCAAGCGUUUUAUUAGGGAGUUAUUCUACUUAAUUUAACAUAACCAGAAACACUGUUGAUUUGUUUUAUCAAUAUUUAGUCGCUUUAUUACAUAUAGCCUUGCUUUAGAUUAAUCACGUCAGUAUUCCGAUUUGUUAAAUUUCAGUUGGUACCAUUAGCACUAAGGCUGAUUACACGCACUUUUCCUAUCCCCUCUACUAGAACACUAGCCCGUAUACUCUCACUAUGAUGUAAUAUAGCUAUACUGUCUAACGACUAAUGGUUGUCAGUUAACUAUCACUCAAUUCUCUGUACUCCUUCCUUACUACUAACAUUACAUAACUAUGGUUGUCAUCUUCUGAACAUCUUUCCACACGACGAUUUCUGUAGCUAGGCUUGUAUACAAAUAGAGGAUGUGGGAGGAGAUUCAAAACGAAUCCUCACAUAUUCGGAAGGAACUCAUGCACGUGGAGUGGGCACGCCUAAAAACGUACUCUUGUUUCCGAUUCACAAUGGAUGUUAGCAUCAUCCAGCUUGCUCGUGCAGGAUUCUUUCUGAGUGGCAACAACUGCGUCACUUGUUAUUCGUGUGACGUCACGCGGACAAGCUGGGAUGAUAACGAAGAUCCAAACAAUUAUCAUCAAAGAGUAUCGCCAGCUUGUCACUAUGUGACAGGAUUAAACAGCAUAAAUAUUCCAAUUGCUCGUUCUCCGGAAGUAGCAGAAGAACCAGAAGCUACCGGAAGUGAUAACUCAACUGAUGGCCCUAGAGUGUCUAACAAACACAACGGGAAUCAAUCUGACUGUCCACAACAACACCGCGAGAUAAGUAGACAUAUGUCUGGUGUUACUGAGGAUACAGCAACAGAAGGUAACCAGACACCAACACAGACUGAUGUAGCUACGAAUGGACAUGAUGUGGUUGACCAACAACAUACACCAGAAUUCCGACAUGGAAGAGACGUUCCAAAUUGUCCGACGUCACAUCCGGUGGACCGAUUAAACGUGAACUUUUCCAAACCUAAGUACCCGGCUUACGCCGUUCUGAGUGUACGGGAGGCUACCUAUGACGCAUGGCCACAACACCUUCCUCAGACUCGGGAGCAGAUGGCUGGAGCGGGCUUUGUUUUCACCGGUCACGCCGACUACACACGCUGUUUCUUUUGUGGGGGCGGUCUCCGAAACUGGGAGCCCGGAGACGAUCCAUGGACGGAGCAUGCGCGCUGGUUUCCUAGAUGCAUGUAUUUACUUCAGAAUAAGGGAGAGGACUUUGUCCGAACCGUCAAACAGUUAAGUUCGGCUUCGCCUGAUAAUUGCAAUAACGGUCAACACGAAGCGACCGAUACACAGAAAUCUCGAAGUGAGACAGGUACUGACAUGUUGAAGUCUGCAGCGGUCCAGAGCGUGUUAUACAUGGGACACAGCACGGCAAUAGUAGAGCGAGCGGUCUAUUCUCUGGUCAACCACAAAAGUUUACGUGACAUUGAGGCCGCUGAGCUACUAGACGAGGUGUUCCGGUUGCAGGAAGCUGAAGACGAUAGUGACUUGUCCAGUCCAGUGUCCAUACAGGAGACAAUUACCCUAAACUCAGUCACCAGGGGGAUGUCUUCCGAUCCCGAGGAGACAGAAACUCAACUCCUGAUGCUUGAGUACCAGAAGCUGAAGGAUAUGUCACUGUGUAAAGUAUGUGGGGAUACAGAAGUUGCUAUUGUCUUCCUACCAUGUGGACAUUUUGUCUGCUGUUCUCAGUGUGCACCGGCCAUGACCAAAUGUCCAGCUUGUAAAGUGAUAAUUCAGGCCAGUGUGAAAGCCUGGCUCGUGUGACAGACCGAGUGUCUAAGUCUGGCUCGUGUGACAGAUUGAGUGUCAAAGUCUGGCUCGUGUGACAGACUGAGGGUCAUAGCCAGGCUCGUGUGACAGGCCAAGUGUCAAAGUCUGGCCCGUGUGACAGACUGAGGGUCAUAGCCAGGCUCGUGUGACAGGCCGAGUGUCAAAGUCUGGCUCGUGUGACAGGCCGAGUGUCAAAGUCUGGCUCGUGCGACAGGCCGAGUGUCAAAGUCUGGCUCGUGUAAUAGGCUGAGUGUCAAAGCCUGGCUCGUGUGACAGACUGAGUGUCAAAGCCUGGCUCGUGUGACAGACUGAGUGUCAAAGUCUGGCUCGUGUGACAGACUGAGUGUCAAAGUCUGGCUCGUGUGACAGACUGAGUGUCAAAGUCUGGCUCGUGUGAGAGACAGGGUGUCAUAGCCUGGCUCGUGUGACAGGCCGAGUGUCAAAGCCUGGCUCGUGUGACAGGCCGAGUGUCCAAGCCUGACUCGUGUAACAGGCUGGGUGUCAAAGCCUGGCUCGUGUGACAGGCUGAGUGUCAAAGCCUGGCUCGUGUGACAGGCUGAGUGUCAAAGUCUGACUCGUGUGACAGGCUGAGUGUCAAAGUCUGGCUAGUGUGACAGGCCGAGUGUCAAAGCCUGGCUCGUGUGACAGGCCGAGUGUCCAAGCCUGACUCGUGUAACAGGCUGGGUGUCAAAGCCUGGCUCGUGUGACAGGCUGAGUGUCAAAGCCUGGCUCGUGUGACAGGCUGAGUGUCAAAGUCUGACUCGUGUGACAGGCUGAGUGUCAAAGUCUGGCUAGUGUGACAAGCUGAGUGUCAAAGCCUGGCUCGUGUGACAGGCCGAGUGUCAAAGUCUGACUCGUGUAAUAGGCCGAGUGUCAAAGUCUGGCUCGUGUAAUAGGCUGAGUGUCAAAGCCUGGCUCGUGUGACAGACUGAGUGUCAAAUCCUGGCUCGUGUAAUAGGCUAAGUGACAAAGUCUGGCUCGUGUGACAGACUGAAUGUCAAAGCCUGGCUCGUGUGACAGACUGAGUGUCAAAGUCUGACUCGUGUGACAGGCCAAGUGUCAACGUCUGGGUCGUGCAAUAGGCUGAGUGUCAAAGUCUGGCUCGUGUGACAGGCCGAGUGUCAAAGUCUGGCUCGUGUAAUAGGUUGAGUGUCAAAGCCUGGCUCGUGUAACAGGCUGAGUGUCAAAGUCCGGCUCGUGUAAUAGGCUGAGUGUCAACGUCUGGCUCGUGUAAUAGGCUGAGUGUCAAAGUCUGGCUCGUGCAAUAGGCCGAGUGUCAAAGUCUGGCUCGUGUAAUAGGCUGAGUGUCAAAGUCUGGCUCGUGUAAUAGACUGAGUGUCAAAGUCUGGCUCGUGUGACAGGCCGAGUGUCAAAGUCUGGCUCGUGUGACAGACUGGGUGUCAUAGCCUGGCUCGUGUGACAGGCCGAGUGUCAAAGUCUGGCUCGUGUGACAGGCCGUGUGUCAAAGUCUGCUCAAUAGGGUAGAUGUCAAUGCCUAGGUCGUAUAGUAUUCCUUGUGACAUUUUUGUUGUUGGUAUAUAGGAGUCUAAAGCGUUCUUGAGGCGGUUCAAUGAUAAUCUGGUAUUUAGAUUCUGUCACCUGUUAAUAUCUUCUCUCUUCUAUUUUUGUAUAUGACGUCAUUGCUUCCUUUGUUGAAGUUGAGUGUUCCUGUUGAUCUGGCUCCAGUUGUUCUUACAGCUUAAGACAAUAGUGCCACUCUUCUUAUUCCACUUUGACCCCCUAGCUAACUUAUCAUGGUUCAUUGGUGAAAAUUGGAAAAAUUAUAAAGGUCAAUACUUAAUUCAGAUUAUCUGUUUUGUACUCAGCGUUUCUUUGAAGGCGUCCAUUACCCUACUGACGCCGAGCUUUUCCUCUCCGACAGCACAUGUCAGUUCAUAUGUUUCGAUUUAGCGAACAUACAUUUUACAUGGCAAUUUGCUUUCAUCCUUUCAUCUAUUCUGUUUUUCUUAAAUGGGUUCACGUUUUUUUUGUUGUUGUUGUUACUUCUGUGUUAUAGAGUUACAUCUGUUUUACCUUCUUCAUGAGACCAACUUUGUUUAUAUUGCACGUCUUAAACAUGAUAUGAGUUUUGUAAUUGUAUCGGUGUUGUGUGUUUCUAUAUAUACAUACAUAUUAUUUAUAUUGCAGUGUCUUUAACAUUAAAGUAUUAACA